AUGAGUGUGGAGCAGGAGAAUCUGCAUCUGGUGGAUCUGCUGUCUUAUGCAAAGGGUGGAACGAUUGGUCUGUUUGGUGGCGCUGGUGUUGGUAAGACUGUGCUGAUUAUGGAGCUGAUCAACAAUGUGGCCAAGGCUCAUGGUGGUUACUCUGUGUUUGCUGGAGUGGGAGGACGAACCCGUAAGGGAAAUGACUUGUACCAUGAAGUGAUUGAGUCUGGUGUCAUGAACCUGAAGGACACAACAUCAAAGGUAGCGCUAAUGUAUGGUCAAAUGAACGAGCCUCCAGGUGCGCGUGCCAGAGUUGCUUUUACCGGAUUGACUGUUGCUUUUACG